AUGUUAGAGCCAUUGUCGUCGCUGUCCUGCCGUAUUGCCGAGCCUGCUACUGCCGCUCCUUCGCCAUCGCAAUGCCACACGUCGCUGCUGCAGAUGUCGAUGAUUGAAGGACCGGCGAGCCGGUUGAUGGAUGUUGUAGCAGAAGAGGCUGAAAGGAGAAUCAUGACGUCUAAUGUUGUUUUCCCUGUCGGAGUCUGUGCGCAUUCCUCGCCUCCAUCUUUUGGUGCCGAUGGCCGCUGUCGUCGUCACUCCGAGAGGCUGAAGAGUUGUUGUCGUGUUCCGACUGCUGCUGCCACUUUAAAGGCAGCCAUGUUGGGUGUGUUUCCGGGAUGUUACUUGUGUUAG